UUAAAUAAUGUCCUAAGUCAGACGUUCUACUCUGCUGUAUUUAAUGUUCUUGUUUCAGUUACUCUUAUAUUGGGGACAACAGACCAGUUAGGUUUAACAACGGAAAUUGUUGGGAAAACUCACUGGGUCUGGUGUUGAGAAAACAAGAUUAAUGUUUCAGGUCCAGUAGCCUGCCCUCCUCCUUCAGAACCAAUUACGUGAUUGCUUUGUCAACAAUCUUGGAUCUGUUCUGAAAUGACCUCCAUUUAGUUUUCCUUAUUGACUCAUACCUUUAAGAUCUUCCAUAUGGGUUACUGAUAUUUCAUUGGAGGCAGUUCAUAGAAGAUUUACUAAGGUGAUCCUUAGUUUGGAAGAAUUGUCUUAUAAGCAAGGGUCAAACUGGUUUAGACACUGCUUAUUGGAGUUUUGAAGAAUGAGAGGUGAUCUCAUUGAAACAUACAGAGUUCUUAAGGGACGAAACAGAAUAAAUGCGAAGACUAUGUUUCCUUUCACAGGACACCCUACAUUAAGAGGACAUGGUCUCAGAAUAAGGAGUGCCCGUUUAAGAUUGGAAUGCGGAAGAAUUUCUGCUGUCAGAGGGUUGAGAGCCUUUAGAACUCAUUCCCAAGGCUGAAUUAGAUUCUUGAUCAAUAGGGGAAUCAGGCGAUAUAGGAAAAGCAGGAAUGUGGAUGUGAGGAACAUCAGAUCAGCCAUAAUCACAUUGAAUGGUGGAGCUGGUUCAAGGGACCGAACAAUCUACUCUUGUUCUGUGUUCUAUGUUCCUAUUUCUUAUGGUCAUAUCUCAUUCAGUGCUUUGUUUCGAUUUCCUAGACUGUAUUUGUGAAUCCGGAUGCAAAUUUUGUGAACAGUUUUCAACACUCUUUCAAAACUUAAACUCAGUUGACUUUCAGGGGUCUCCCAUUAAAAUUUCAUCACUGUCAUUUCUGUUUUAGGGCUACUUUGUUGUAAUUUUUUGAUUUGCUUGAUUGAUUUUAUUGUCACAUGGAUCAAAAUACAGUGAAAAGCUUUGUUUACAAGUGGUACUUGUACAGUGAACUUGUAGAUGGCGUUCAUUUGGAAUUUGGCAACACAAUCGUAGUAGUCCAGGGAGUACAGUAGGGAGUGAAGGAUGCACCUUGGGGGGGCUCCAGUGUUGAAUGUUAUUGUGGAGGAGGUGCAUUUACGUAUCCUCACUGACUGCGACCUGUGGCUCAGAAAGCUGAGGAUCCAGUUGCAGAUGUUGGAGCUGAGACCAAGGUUGUGCAGGUCUCGACUCUGCCUUCUCUUAUCUGCCCAACACUCUGCUUUCUUUUCUACAUCUGGUUACAGUCAAUGCAGCCACUUGCUGUUUCUUCGUAAUAGAAAUUAACAUUUCUGUGUUCCUAACCUUUUACGUGUUGGUUUGCCUGUAUUUUGUUUGGUUCGGAUGGAAAUUUACAGCUGAAGCACGAACUUGUCUUUAUUAUUCCUUAUCGAUAUUUUCCAAGCAACUGCAUAAUUCCUGUGUAACAUCUUUCCGAAAUUCAGAAUCUAUUUGCAAAAUAUACUUGCUCAGUUUCCUGUGGUUCUGUGUUCUGCUUAAGAGCCACUUGCCCUUUGUUCUAAGACACACUGUUGAAAUGCCAGCACAUGUCACGCUGCUCUUUAAGAAGCGCAGAAGAAGAGAUCCAAGGAAUUACAGACUAGUGAGCCUAACAACUAUGGUAGGAGUCUGUAAUUGAGGAUGGAGUAACUGAACAACUUGACAAUUUUCAGUAAAUCAGGGAGACCCAGCAUGAAUUCAUGACAGGUAGAUCAUACCUGACAAACCUCAUAGAAUUUUUUGAAGGUGUCUUAAAGUAGAAUGUCAAUGAUUUGUUUGUGGUUUUUGAGAAGGUAUUUACUUAUGCCCCAUGUAAGACAUUUAACUAAGGUAGAAGCCCAUGGAAUUGAGGACAAACUACUGAUUACAGAAAGUAGGGAUAAUGAUACGUACUCAAAUUGACAGAAUGUGACCAGUGGUGCCUAUCAAGGAUAUGUAUUGAGGCCUCAUUUAUUCACAGCUUGGAUAAUGACAUUGCCAUAUAUCCCUAUUUGCUGAUGACACAAAGUUAGGUGGCAUUUCAGACAGUAUAGAUGAUAGCAUAACAUUCCAAAGGAAAUAAGAUAGACUUAGACUUAGAUUUUGUGAAUGGGCAGAACUGUGGCAGUUGGUGUUUAAUGUAAGCAGGUAUCAAUUUUGGAACAACCAGGAUAGAUCUGCAGUACUUUCCAGAUUGUAUAAAGUUAAUUACAGUGGAUGUUGAAAGAGACUUGGCGAUUCGGGUCCAUAGGUCUUUAAAAUAUUACAAGCAGGCACAGAAAAUAACCAAGAAAGCUAACGGAAUGCUGACCUUCGUAUGUAGAGGACUGGUGUACAAGGAUUCAGAAAUUAUGCUGCAAUUCUGCUUGGACCCCACGUGGAGUAUUGUGAGCAGAUAUGGACACCACACCUUGGGAAGGAUAUAAUGGCCUUGAAGGGAUGACAUUGUAGGUUUACAAGAAUAAUAACUUUAACUCCUGAAGUCAGAUACAAGGAAAGACAAAAUAGGCCUGCUUACUCUAGAAUUUAGAAGGUUAAGGGAUGAUCUGAUCAAAGUCUUCAAGAUAUUUUCAGAAAAGGACAAGGUAGAUAAACAAUUGCUGGUUGUGGAUUCUAGAACUAAGGGGCAUAGUCCAGACUGUUCAGGAGAGAUGUUAGGAUGCACUUCUAUACAUAAAGGGUGGUGGAUGUUUGGAACUAUUGCACAAAUGUCAGUGGAUGCAGUAUCAGUUGUUAAUUUUUAAUCUGGGAUUAAUGAAAUUUUAUUAGGCAAAAGUAUUGAGGAUUAUGGGCUAAAGGCAGGUAUAUGGAGUUAAACCAUAAAUCAGCCACAAUCUCAAUGAAAGAGGGAACUGACUUGAGGGGUUGAAUGGCAUACUCCUGUUCCUAUGAUUUUAUUUCAAAGUUGUUAGAGAUAUAAGAAAUUGACUUAAGACAUUCUACAUAAAGUGAUUUAGUUGUACUUAACAGCAGCCUCUGAGAAUUUUAGUUCUGCCGAAACUGACACUGCGUAAUUUACUCUGCUCUUUUUAAAAUUUAUGCUGCUCUGCUUUCCAUUUAGAUUGAUUGACAAUCAACGUGGAAACCAUGCCUGACGCCUGGGCCAUUAGUGAAGAAUUAGUUCACCAUAAAACUAGGUUUUUAGACAAAUCUUGUUUCAGAUUUAAUCUGCAUUCAUUUAAAGAGAACAGAAAUUUACUGUCACAUGUACUUGUCUCCACAUCACAGUGCCUAUAUUGGCAUAAGUUCUGGAAAAUCUCUGGAUGAGUAAAUGAUGUCCGUGUUUCAGCAUGACAAAUCAGGAUCGAUUGGUAAGUUUUUAGGUAACUUGCAUUGUGUCUCAGAUAAGAAUGGUCAAGAGUGUAAAAUCUGGAAGACAUAAAAAGCAGUAAAUCUGAAUCCAAGACGCUGUACGGGAUCUCGGAGAAACUGAAGGGUGCAAGAAGCAGCACCACUGUACCAAUCAAAGGCAAGUUUGGUAGGACAGUAUUGAUGGAAUGGCGUGCUGGAGGCAAGGUGGAUGGAACACUUCUGGGAGAUUCUCAACCAGCCCAGCUCCAUCUCUGCAAUCAAGUUCAGUGUCAGCUCUGCAUGUCAACAGCGGAUGCCAAAGUUGGAGAAACUGGGCAGGUCAAAGGUCCAAAGAGCUAUGAAGAGCCAGAAGAACAACAAAGGCCUCUGGCAGCAAUGAAAUAUCAGCAGAGCUAUUGAAACAUGGCAAGAACACUAUCACCCGGAGAUGAUAGACCAAUUUAACAAGGUCUUGAAGACAAGAGCAGGGAACAGUAUAGCACAGUACGGGCGCUUCGGCCCAAGAUGUUCUGCCGAGCUUUUACCCUAAACCUAAGGUCUAUCUAACCUCCGCCGCUACUUUAUACUAUCAUCCAUGUACCUACCUAAUAGCCGCUUAAAUGCCCCCAAUGAGGCCAACUCCACUACUCUCUCCAGCAAUGCGUUCCACGCCCCUACCACUCUGAGUAAAGAACCUACCUCUGAUGUCUCCCCGAUAUCUACCUCUUUUCACUUCAAAACUAUGUCCUGUCGUAAAAGCUACCUCCAUCCGAAGAAAAAGUCUCUGGCUGUCUACUCUAUCCAUACCUCUGAUCAUUUUGUACACCUCUAUCAAGUCACCUCUCAUCCUUCGUUGUUCUAAAGAGAAAAGCUCUUGCGCUCUCAACCUUUCUUUGUAAGACCUUCCCUCCAUUCCAGGCAACAUCCUGGUAAAUCUCAUCUACACCUUUUUCCAAUGCCACCACAUCUUUCCUGUAAUGAAGCAACCAGAACUGGACACAAUACUCCCGAUGUGGCCGAACCAGGAUUUUGUGUAGUGGAGCACAACUUCACGACUCUUAAACUCACUCCCUCCAUUAAUAAAAGCUAACACACUAUACGCCUUCUUAACAACUCUAUCCACCUGGGUGGCAGCUCUCUGGAUCUGUGAACAUGAACCUCAAGAUCCCUCUGUUCCUCCACAAUGCCAAGAAUCUUUCCGUUAACCCUGUAUUUUGCUUUCGAGUUUUUCCUUCCAAAGUGAAUCUCCUCACACUUCUAAUGGUUAAAUUCCAUCUGCCACUUCUCAGCCCAGCUGUGCAUUCUAUCAAUGUCCCUUUGUAACCUAGAACAGCUCUCUGCACUGUCCACAAUGUGACCCACCUUCAUAUAGUCCGUGAACUUGUUAAUCCACCCUUCCCCUCCUUCAUCCAAGUCAUUUCCAAAAAUCACAAAUAGAAGAGGACCCAGAACAGAUCCUGUGGCACACCACUCAUAACUGAGCACCAAGUUGAAUAUUUUCCAUCCACUACCACCCUUUGUCUUCUAAGGGUCAGCCAAUUCUGAAUCCAGUCUGCCAUAUUUCCCCUUAUCCCAUGCCUCCUUACCUUCUGCAUGAGCCUACCAUGGGGAACCUUAUCAAACGCCUUACUUAAAUCCAUGUAUACUACAUCCACUGCUUCACCUUCACCCACAUGCUUGGUCACCUCUUCAAAGAAUUCAGUAAGGUUUGUGAGGCAUGAUCUACGCCUCACAAAUCCAUGCUGACUAUCGUGAAUCAACCUGUGCCUUCCCAAGUGAUCAUAAAUCCUGUCUGUCAGAGCCCUUUCCAAUAAUUUGCCCACCACUGACGUAAGACUAACUGGCUUGUAAUUUCCCAGGUUAUCCCGUUCCCUUUUUUGAACAAGGGAAUGAUGUUUGUCUCUCUCAAAUUUUCUGGCAGUAUACCUGUGGAUAGUGACGCAGAAAAGAUCAUCGCCAAAGGCCCUGCGAUCUUGUUCCUCGCUUCCCAUAGAAUCCUUGGAUAAAUCCCCUCAGGCUUGGGAGACAUAUGUCUUCAACUUCCUCAGAAUUCCUAGCACAUCUUCUUUACUAACAUCAACCUCCUGUAGCCUCCCUAUCUGUUUCACAACAUCCUCCUCUACAACCAGGUCCCUCUCGGAUGUGAAUACUGAAGAAAAGUAUUCAUUACGGACCUCUCCUAUCUCUUUAGGCUCUGUGCACAAAUUCCCUUCAUAAUCCUUGAUCGGCCCUAUCCUUUCUCUGGUUAUUCUCUUGUUCUGCACAUAGGUGUAAAAAGCCUUGGAGUUUUCCUUGAUCCUAUCUGCCAUGAUUUUCUAAUGCCCCCUUAUAGCUCCUCUUAGUUCUUCCUUAGUUUCCUUCCUGGCUAAUUUGUAUCCCUCUAGACCCUUCUCCGAUCCUCUUCCUAAACCUUACAUAAGCCGCCUCCUUCCUCUUGACCAGUAGUACGACCUCUCUCGAGAACCAUGGCUCCCUCGCUCGACCGCAUGUUCUCUACCUGCUAGGGACAAACAUAUCGAACACAUGCAGUAUGCAUACCUUAAACAAUCUCCACAUUUCUGUGGUGCUCUUCCCUGACAGCAUCUGUUCCCAAUUUAGGUUACCCAGUUCUUGUCUAACUGAGUUGUAAUUACCCUUCUCCCAGUUAUAACCUUUAUCCUGCCGUAUGUACCUAUCCUUAUCCAUGACUGUCGUGAAAGAAACAGUUAUGAUCACUACCGCCAAAAUGCUCUCCAACCAGCAGGUCUAACACUUGGUCUGGUUCGUUGCCAAGCACCAAAUCCAAAGUGGCGCCUCCUCGUGUUGGUCUACCCUACAUAUUGUGUCAGGAAUCCUUCCUGAAUGCACUAGACAAAAUCUACUCCAUCUAAACUAUUAGAACUAAAAUAUUUCCAAUCAAUAUUUGGAAAGUUGUCACCCAUGACUACAACCCUGUGACUUCUGCACCUUGCCAGUGUCUGCCUCCCAAUCCGUUCCUCUGCUUUGCAACUGUUAGGGGGUCUGUCUUUAAAAAAAAAACCCAACUAGUAGAAUAGUAAUAGCAAGUUGUCAAUAAAAGGGAACCUUAGCAACUGAAACAACUGGAGGGACAUAGUUCAGCUGUCAGUACCUGGCAGUCUUCAGCACAGUGCUCUAAAGACCUAAAAGCAGAAGUAGACUGUACCCAUCACAAAUAACAGGCAGGUGUCCAGGACUGCUGAUGAGGAAUGUCAAAGAGCAGAGCUGAAUGUCAAACUAUUUGCUGUACACUUCAUUGAUUUAUAGAAGACUUUUUCUGUAGCACUCAUCAGCAGUCAGAUGGAUCACUGUGCAAUAUGGUACCCUGACGUGGUUUAUUAAUAUCUUUAGACUUAAAAACCAGUGACUCUGCUGCAUCAAGAGCAGCACAGGCUCAGUAGAUUCCCUAAACAUCAUCUUAAGGAUAUGGUAAUGCUGCAUUUUUCCACUUUCUUGUCUUGGUUACUGAUUUCAUUGUGAGGAAGAAGAUGGUGGGUGCAGACUUUGACAUUCUGUUACAAUGUGACGAACUGAUGAUUUCUCUGCUGGGUGGAGAAUUCGCAUACACUCCAAGACGUGAUUAUCAGCCUCAAGAAUAGCAAUGCAGAGGAUGAAAUGGAGAUUCAUACAAGAAUUGGUGAAGCAACAUCAGUCCUCCAGCAUCCUCACAUUGUUGAGAUAGUCAAUCCCAUGAUCAGCCAUGAAGCUAUGACUCUUUUUCCGUUGUCGUACCAACUGUAUCUGUGCCAGCAGGACAUAGAAGAAAAUGGCAAAGGUAUCAUGUGCAUUGGACAUCUUUCAUGAUCAUUAUUGCCUGUGUAAGAUCUUCAGCAUCAUAUGGGGAGACACCAUCACCAAAGUAGCCCUUUGACAACUGAGCCAGACAUGACACAUAUGUUUGCCUCCUGGUUGUACUCCUGACCAGAGUGGCAGAAAUAUGGAUACUAUCGAUAGAAAAAGAAGAUAGGGCCUGAAAGAAGAUCUGGCAAGUUACUUUUAAGAAAUGUCUUCAAGAGCGGGACACUAUCUGGUCUAGAGCAAAAUAAAUUGCAAUGAACCAGGGCUGGUGGAGAACUCUUGCUGCCCGUUGUUUCACAGGUCUGCAAGAGCUAAGUAAUUUCUUGUAACAAAGUAAUUGUGAUUGUAUCUUUCACUUGAAGUGAUUCCUACAAAACACCAGUAGUUGUUUUAAGUUUUUGAUUUAACAAAGUGCUGUAUUGACCUAAGUAGCUGUCCUGAUUUUUGGCAGUGCAGUCUACGUUUUGUGGGGGAAACAAAAAUCCAAAGAAGUUUCCUGGAAGUAACCUAUCUGCAUUGUGAAGGAACUCGUGGAAAAUGCUUUGGAUGCUAAUGCAACAAGCAUUGAUGUCAAAUUAGAAAACAGUGGGCUUGAUAGGAUAGAAGUACGGGACAAUGGUGAUGGAAUCAAAGCUGUUGACACACCUGUUAUGGGUGUCAAACACUACACAUCUAAGAUUAGUCGUCAUGAGGACUUGGAAGCCCUAGAAACGUAUGGAUUUCGUGGUGAGGCAUUGGGUUCUAUCUGCUCUGUAUCUGAGGUUGUUAUCACAACUAAAACAACUGCUGAUGAUGUGAGUACUCAGUACACUUUGGACAAAGCUGGACAUAUCAUUGCACAGAAGCCUUCUCACAUGGGCCAAGGAACAACUGUAAUUGUGCUCAAACUUUUUAAGAAUAUUCCUGUAAGAAAGCAAUUUUAUUCCACUGCCAAAAAAUGCAAAGAAGAGCUGAAAAAAGUUCAAGAUCUCCUGAUGGCAUAUGGUAUAAUAAAACCAGACUUGAGGAUUAUUUUCACACACAACAAGGCAGUUGUAUGGCAAAAGGCCAAGGUGUCGGAUCACAAAAUGGCCCUAUUAACAGUUCUAGGAACUGCUGUGAUGGUCAGCAUGGUACCUAUUCGACAUCAUGAGCAAGAACCUGAGAUUUUCCUUAGUGGUUUUCUGCCUAAGCCAGGCUCUAACCCCUCCUCGACGAGUCUCACCAGCCCUGACAGAAGUUUCAUCUCUAUUAAUUCCAGACCUGUUCAUCACAAAGAAAUAUUGAAGUUGGUUCGGCAGUACUACAGCUUGCAAUCACAGAAGGAUUCUGCACAUAUGCGUUAUCCAAUUUUCUUCUUGAAUAUCUCUGUUCCAGCCUCAGUUAUAGAUGUUAACAUAAUACCAGAUAAAACUCAAGUAAUGUUUCACAAUAAGGAGGCUAUCUUGCUUGCCAUUGAGAAGGUAUUGAUUUCUGUUUAUGGUCAACUUGCUGAAAAUGGAACUGAUGAAUCAUCCUCUGAAUGUUUGAAAGAAACUGGAAAUGUUCACAAUGGUGAGAUAAAUCACUGUGGUCUAGCACCAGAAAUAUCUCAAAUUCCAGACACUCUGUACACUUGUCCCAACAAAACCUGUUUUUCCAAUGACGUUUCUCCUGCAGCUGAUGGCAAAAAUGAGAACUUUGACAGCAAUGUUAUUCAGACUUAUUUCCAAGAAAUACCACUAUCUUCUGAGGAUAAAUCGUCAAUUUCUGCCCCAGAUUUUGACAUGACGUUUUUGCUGGAUGAUGACCGUAUUGUUUUAAAGGAUCAGUCUCACAUUGACGAUGCAGUAUGGCCAGAAAUAGCUAAUGAUCCAACCCUACCACCUGUGGCAUCAAGUGAACAGAUCUCAGUUGCAAAAGACUGUGCUGAGCUAACUGCUGAUAACUGGAGUAUGGGGCAUGGGAUGAAGGAUUCUUCUGAACAGAUGUUUGAGCCUGUAAAACUCUUAGUGCCCAAAGAAACUUCAGACCAAAUACAAACAAAUUGUAAUGAAACCAAACAGCAGAAAUCAACUAAUAGUAGCCCAACAAAUGAUCCAAAUAGAAAGUCUACUAAUGUAGUGAAGGAUAAGAUUGGACAGAUCACCAUAUAUGACCUGAUCAGCAAUCGCACUGUAAAAAAAUCUCGGUCGGCGUCUACCCUUUUCAUGCAAGAAUUUCGACCCAAACUUUUAGCAGAGAACCCAAGGGCUAAUCUGCAAGAUGUCAGCAUGAAACUUGAAGAGAUGUGGAAAAACCUGAGUGAGGAUGAGAAAGAAAAGUAUGAAGAGAAAGCUGCAAAGGACCUAGACAGAUACAAUUCACAGCUGAAGAAAGUAAUGGAAGAAAAUUCUCAUGGGGAGGAACAGAAUCAACUAGAAUUGGCCCCAACAAUUAAAGUUAAUAAGAAGCAAAAACACAACACACCACUUUCAAAUCAGCAAAUUUUGGAUAAACUUUUCCAGUCACAAAUCCAUAACAAAAAGAGUUUGGAGCCACCUUGUAAGACAAUAGAUGUCCCAUUUUCUUUAAACCAUUUAAAAAGACAGCUUGAGAGACUUUCCAAAAGCCGCAAAUCAGGUGCUGAAAGACUUCAUCUCAUUAACUGCUUGACUUCUCACAAUGGAUGGGUUGUUGCCUCUGAAAGGAAACUGAUGUUGCUAAAUCCUUUUCGGGUGGAGGAAGCACUACUAUUUAAAAGACUGAUGGAGAAUCAUAUAUUUCAAACAGAAGCCCUUGAUACACCAAUAGCUCUAACUAAUAGCCUGAUUGGUGGACCCCAGUACAUAGAUGGUCUCUGUAAUAUGCAAAAAGAAUGCAUUACAUUGACAGGGAUAACUUAUUUUACCGAUCCCAGACUUGUAUAUAAUGGGUUUAAGAUACAACUAAUACCAGGUACUUCAACAGCAGAGCAUCAUUUGGAAAUUCAAGAAAUAACCAGGUGUUUACCUUUCUAUGGUAUAUCAGAUUUACAAGAAAUCCUGAAUGCGAUUUUAAAUAAAAAUGCCCAAAGUGUCUACCAAUGCAGACCUCUAAAGAUUGUAAAUUAUUUGGAGGGAGAAGCUGUCCGUCUGGCUCGGCAGUUACCUCUGCGUUUCUCAAGGGAAGACAUAGAAAACACAAUGUUCAGAAUGCAGCAACAUCUGGGAAAUGACUGCAAUAAGUGCAUUCAUGAUCGUCCAUUUUUGCAUCAUUUAGCAAGUAUACCAGAAACUGACUGAUUAGACGUAGAGCACAGCAAAGCUGACUUGUAUCAGUUGCUGCAACUGUAAAAGCCAUAAGUAUGUAAAGUGAUAGAUACCUUUGAAUGUAAGCAAAAAACAUACCACGUGGAAGCUUUGACACAUAACGCUUCAUUGUUUGUUUUCAACAAAUUGUUUAAAAUUAGAAUUUUGCAUUCUAAAUAUAUUUCUUUACAGGCAGAUUCUUUUAUUAUUUGCACUCUGUUUCUAAACUCAUUAUAGCAAUUGUAAUCCAUGUAAAAACAAAAUGCUGCCAGAAAAGGAUGAUCAUUGGGAGCUCAUCAUCUUUAGGACUUGUUGUUUGAAGUACCACAACAUAAAGCCUGAAUGUGCUAAAGACAACACAAUAUCAGCAUACACAGUUCAUAGCUUUCAGCCUUUAUAUCCAUAUCUUUUUGUUGAAGGUGGCGUAUUAAAAUUGAAAUAUUUGUUUUGCCACACUCCUCAUUAUGCAUCGUUCCCUGAAAACCCAUCUGUUCCCGUGCCUUUAACAAUGUAACUCAGUAAAUCAGCAGCUGAGAAAAGGACAAGUGUGUCAUGGAUCAAUUCAUGUUUCGCACCCUGCCUUUUCCCUGUGGGAAACAAGUUACCCAAUGUACAAGCUGGAAUCAGUAAUUUCCAUACUGGAGAUUUUCUCCUUUUUAAGCCUUUAAUUGUUUAGACUCUUAUGCAAAUGUGGAUAUUGUAUCUUCAAUACUUAGAAAUAACAUUUGAAACAAAUUGAUGCUUGUAAAAAAGGAAAUAAAGUUUUGUGUAAAAUCA